UAGAUUCCAGUCGAGUUUACAAGGAGAGGAAUAUCUGAGGACACACUUUACUGACACAGGACUGCUGGGUCAAACAUUGGAAACACUCAGAGUCACAAUUUGUAUCCUAAUUAAUAGAUUUAACAACUGUUAACACCGCCGGCAGACAUUUUGGAGCCGACCUAACGGCUAACGGCUGAGUCCGAUCCCGCCGCUGUGACUGUGGAUCAUCAGCUGGGACGGGAAUGGCUCGGCCGAGGAAGAAAACCUCUCCUGGGUGUUUAGCAUGAGGCUCUGCGGAGGGAAACGGCUGGAAGACAACACUGAAAACUACAUUGAUAAGAAUAAAAAGAAGAAGAAACAGAGAAGCGGGAGGAGGCGCACGGUCGUCUGCGUGAGAGCCGCCCGGUGACAUUUAUUCUACUCCAGCAGAAGAAGAAGAAAAAGAGGGAAACGAUGGGAGGAAGAGUGGAGCUGCUGCUGGAGAUAUGCUGCCUGCUGCUGCUGCUGAGUGGGAACUCAUACUGCGGAGACUCCAAGCAGACCGAACACCUCUCCUCCUAUCAGCUGACCGUCCCUCGACCAAUCGGAGACAGGCUGAGGCGGGACGUAGACGGACAACCGCCUAAUCAGGUGUCUUAUGUCAUCAGCGUGGAUGGAAACGAUCACGUCGUUCAUCUGGAGAGAAAUGACCUGCUGCUUCCUGCCGACUUCCCUGUCUACACCUACAGCCAGAAUGGAUCAUUGAUAACAUCCAGACCACCUGUACAGAAUCACUGUCACUAUCAGGGCUUCGUCCAGGACAUGGAGGGCUCUGCUGUCGCUAUGAGCAUCUGUAACGGCCUCAGAGGAGUAAUGCAUCUCGCUGAUGACAGCUACGGUAUCGAGCCAUUAGACUCCGCCCCCGAGCAACACCUGGUGUAUCGUCUACAGGAUGUGACAUCACAACCGCGUGGAUGCGGAACGCCACAUGAGGAGCACUAUCACAACAAUGCUACAGAGCAUGCUCAGUCCAGACCAGAGGAAAUCCACCACAGACAGCACAGCAGGAUGAAGCGAGCAAUUCUUCACAAGACUCAUUAUGUGGAGCUGCUGCUGGUGGUCGACAACGACAGGUAUAAUUACAUGAACAGGAACGAGACAGCGGUGAGGGAGGAGAUGGUUCAUCUGGCAAACUUCAUCGACAGCAUCUACAUUCAGCUGAACGUACGAGUCGUCCUGGUUGGUCUGGAGAUCUGGACUCAGCAGAACCUGAUCAGCACCGAAGGAGGAGCCGGAGAGGUGCUGAGUCGCUUCACUCAGUGGAGGGAGAAAGAACUGGUGACCCGGCGCCGCCACGACUCAGCACAGCUCAUCCUGAAGAAAGGUUUCGGAGGAACAGCAGGGAUGGCCUUCGUCUCCACAGUCUGCUCCAGGAGCCACGGGGGCGGGAUCAACGCGUUCACCAACAACAACAUCCCCUCAUUCGCCUCCAUUGUGGCCCAUGAGCUCGGUCACAACCUCGGGAUGAACCACGAUGACGGACGCUCCUGCACAUGCCCAGUCUCUGCCUGCAUCAUGAACUCUGGAGCUACAGGAUCCAGGAACUUUAGCAGCUGUAGCGCUGACGACUUUGAGAAGAUGAUCUUAUUGACAGGAGGUACGUGCCUCCUAAAUGUCCCUCGGCCUGAUGAGGCCUACAGCGCCCCCUACUGUGGGAACAGACUGGUGGACAUGGGGGAGGAGUGCGACUGUGGAUCAGAGAAGGAGUGUGAGGAAGACCCCUGUUGUGAGUAUCAGACCUGUAAGCUGAAGCCUGGAGCUCAGUGUGCCUUUGGAGAGUGCUGCUCCAGAUGUCAGUACCUGCCUGGUGGAACUGUGUGUCGUGGGAGUACAGACGAGUGUGAUCUCCCAGAGUACUGCAACGGCUCCUCGUCCCUCUGUCAGAGCGACGUCUUCAUACAGAAUGGGCAGCCGUGCAGGAGCAAGCAGGCGUACUGUUACAACGGGAAGUGUCAGCACUACGAUGGACAGUGUCAGGCCAUAUUUGGAUCCAAGGCGAAGGCAGCUCCUGAAAUCUGCUUCAGAGACGUCAACAGUAAAGGAGAUCGCUUUGGAAACUGUGGCUACCACAACUACGGCUACAAGAAGUGUGAGAGCAGAAACGCUCUGUGUGGGAAGCUGCAGUGCUCCAACGUUCAGGCGGCGACGGUUUUCGGCAUUGAGCCAUCGAUCAUCAGCACGCCCAUUGCUGGAGCCAAAUGUUACGGAGUCGACUUCAUGCUGGGGUCAGACGUCCCUGACCCGGGGAUGGUGAACGAGGGGACCAAAUGUGGAGACAACAAGGUUUGUAUGAACUUCGAGUGUCGCAGCGCCGACAUCUUGAACUACGACUGUGACGUGGAGAAGAAAUGUAACGGACACGGGGUGUGUAACAGCAACAAAAACUGUCACUGUGAUGACGGCUGGGCGGCCCCGUUCUGUGAGCUCAAAGGUUACGGAGGCAGCGUGGACAGUGGACCAACCUGGAAUGAUAAAGACACGUCCCUCAGGGAUGGUCUGCUGGUCUUCUUCUUCCUCAUCCUCCCUCUGCUCGCUCUCGGAGCAUUUGUUUUCCUGCGUAGGAACGAGCUGCUGCGACGACUCGGGCUGAGCCGGAGGAAAAGAUCGCAGGGAUACCAGGCUGAUGGAGCAGCUUCAGCCAAUCCCAGCAGAGGACCGCCCCCCAGAGCGCAGCCUCCGGCUGUCGUCCGGGGCAACGCCAACAACUAUGCCAGAGACGGGAACCACGCUCAGCUCCUGCCACCUCAGGAGGUGGUGGAGACGAGCAGGACAGCUCCAUCCUACGCUGUGAGGCCUCCUCCUCCUCCUCUAAAACCGAAACCUUCUGCUGCAUCCCAGCCUCUGGUGCCUCAAAGACCUGCCCCUGCUCCACCUGUUUAACCAAUGAGGGGGCCCUGCCCGCCACACCUGGAUGACCCCUCCUCUUCUUCUCCUCCUCCUCCUCCUCUUCCUCUUCAACCUCAGAACUCACUCACUCAGUGCUGGUUAACUAGAAACAGCCAGGAAAAGAUUUCUGGAGCUGAGACUGCAGCCGGCCCAGAAGUUUGUCAAAGGCGGGUUAGAGGCGGAUCACGCCAUUUGACUGGGAAUUUACCGGAAACGGGAACACAGCGGCACUGAACUGAUGCAGCAGGAGUUAUUCUCUACAGUCUGUCCUUUUCUGUCUUUAUUUGAAGUGCAAAUCUCCGCUCAUUUAGGGGCACAGUUCACCAAACCAGCCAAUCAUAUUUCAAAAAGAAAACAUCUGUUCCACCGACAAGAAAAGCACCGACCAAUGCUACUGGACUAACAUUUUCCUACAGUUAUUUAUCCUGCUAGAUCAGGUGUCUACGUUCAGAGUAGAGUUAAUUCACCUUCAGGGUCUCAGAUUUCUUCAUCCAUGCUAACACUGUUAUCUUUGACUGUUUUAACAGCUAUUUUAAUAUAUAAUUUAGAGAAAUCAGCGUUAUUUCUAAGAUAUUUUCUUUGAUUAUUUAGCAUGUUUAGUUUUUAAUUUGCAUGUAUAAAGAUACAGCAAAAUGCCUUUAAUCUGUCCAGUGCCAUCAAAGUUUAAAGUCUUUAUGGAAACAUGAGGUCCUUAAAUUCAGACACAGGCACAUCCAAUCACCAGCUAGCUUCACCCUUUAUAUAAAGGCUCCACUGUGAAAAAUCAAAUCUAACCAAGUGUAUUGAUCUUAUUUCUAAUCAAAUAUGAUCUCAUUACACUAAUGUAAGCCAUAUUACAUGACAAUUCCAGAAAAACAAUCUAUUUUAAGAUUUUACAAACAAGAAAAUAAUACCCAAAUUGCUUGAACUGCAAAUUAAUCUGUCAGAUUUAAAUUUCUUGAAAUCAGAUCUUUUCCAUAAUUUAAAGAUCCAACAAGUAAAAUGUCUGCACUGAAAUUUAUAUAUUAAUGAGGGUGAAAUGCACUGAAAAACAAUUCCUUUUCACAUGGAAGUGAUCCCAGAAUGUGUCCAGCUCUUCUAAGCAACCACUAAAUACCCUUUUCUGUAUUUUUCUCCCUCAUUAUCAAUUUCUGAAUGAAAACUAAACAUUGCUUUUCUGCUUAGCAAGUUUGCCUUAUGAGCUUCCAUUUUUAUUGAACAGAGUCCUCAGUUCAAAUCAAGAAGUGAAACUGCAUUGUGGUUUUGGUUGAGAGCCCCCUGUGGUUGAAUUUUAUUGACUCUGUGUUUAAGAGAUUGGAUUAAAUUUUGCUGUUGAAUUGGCAUAUUUUUACUCGUUAAAGCUAACCAGAGCUUGCAUGUCAUUUUUAAUAACUUGCAGUAGACAAAUUAGACAAAAACACCUUGCACAAUCUUCAUUUCAGUCAAAUGACAUCCAUUGACUACAUCCUGCACAUUUUAUCGUCCUACGUUUUAUUCCAGUUCCUGCGUUAACAAUCUUUUGGUGCAUUUGGACACAAGUUGGCUGCACUUCAGUUCUUGUUUUCAUACUAUGCAUUAACAAUGCCUUUACAGUGACAUCCCGUCUUUCAUGCAAACAAAAGCCCAUCCAUCUUUUCUGUGGCUCUCUUACUGUGGAUUUAUAUCUCAAAAUGUUGUGUGCAUUGAAGCUGAAGAAGGAAUGGGAGACGUUUAACAAUAUAAGAGGUUAGGGGUGCCUCUUUAACAGCUUUUCUCCCCCAUGUUGCAAUGCUUUUAAAGGGCACAGUGACAUACUGCUUCGCAAAUAAAUCCAGUUUGGCACUGGUUGGAUUGAAAUGGGAAUGUAAUUCAGGCAGUUAGAAGCUGGAUCUUUUUGUGAAUGAUGUAAGCAGGCCCCUGUUUAACCCAUGAAAGCCUGAGAACACAAAUUAUAGCCAGAAAGUUCUUAUUUUUUUGAAACUGAAAUGUUUAUUUCACUUUCUACUGAAAUCCAAAAAAAUCUAUAUUUCCAUUAAAAUUAACAUAUAUAUAUUUUUUGUAUCUCAUUUGAUACAUUACAAGUUUUUAGUAACUCAUAAUCCACUUGAGGGCAUUUUUAUCAUUUAUCAGAUCAUAUUUAGAAGGUUUUUUUUGGGUAAUUUAUGAUCACGUUGAUUAGAUAGAGGUAUCAUAAAUGUAUGUAUCAAAUAUGAUACAACAGGCUUUAAGGGGUUAAAAGCAAUUUACUUUUGUCCCUUUUUGAUGUAGUUUAAUCAACACAUAAAAGGCAAAAUGGUUUUCAAUGAAGCGCUGUUUGGAAGCCAGAUGAGCUGAGAGACAUGCUCUGGAUUUCUAGAAGAGCCAAAACUCAUUAAAACGAGGCUGGAUAGACACAAAUAAGCCAAGAGUUUUGCUUACUGGCAGAUUUCUGCAGGUCACAUCAGUUGACAAAAUUCCAGUAUGUGCUGCGAUUUCACAACCAGUCCAGUCCAGAUAAAGGCAUCUCUGUAUGCAGUCUGAGCUAUCAGAUAUUUCUGGUACAUACUGAGGUGUAUCCACACAAAGUACUGAGAAUUUCCACUUAGUAUCCGGAUGCCUAAAACUGACAUUUAUCUGUAUUGAUUCAAGAUAAGAUCAAGGUCUCUUGCUCCUUUAGAGCUAUUACAACUGAACAAAGAAGAGUUUUCACUUCAUGUAUACCACUGCCUGCUAAAUGUCCACAGUGCAAUUCUUUUUUUUUUUAAUCUGUAAAAUAAGAAUUACUUGAAAUACAUCUCUGAAAGUUCCUUUCAUGCUACAGAAGAAAGGGUUAAACAUGAUUGCUGAAUAUAAGCUAACGUAGGGCUGUCAUUUACAAAUACAUUUGCUGGGAGGUGCUUCACUCUGAUUGGCUGGUUUGAAGGCAGAGGUCUCUGGAGGCGGAGCUUGCACACCUGUUUCCCUCUGUUGUUCUCUCCGUCUCUGAAUGAAAGCACUGGUGCCGUCUGAUUGCACUUUCUUCUGCUCAGCACUGUCAUAGGAAUGUAACGCACCCUGGCUGCUGUGUGGGUACGCUUGGUCUCCACCUCCCCGCCUGCCCGGCACCGUCUCUGCAGAAUCCUUAAAACCAAGUAUGCAACAACCAACGUGUGAGUGCAGAACUACUCUGGGUUCACGUUCGUCUCCUCUGGACCAGGACCUGGACAUGGACCUGUGGUACUCUGAUGUUUGUGGCUCUGCUGGCUGACGUCUCUGCAGGGAAUGUACACACUCACCUUUUACUUCAUCAUGAAGAAACUCUCCACUGAAGGACUUCAACACUGUUAAACCUGAAAUAUCGGUGAUGUUCAGCACCACAUCGAGCUGAAUGAACAGACGGAGAAAUUUCGGUGUCUUUAAAGUAGGGCUGGGCAAUAUGGACCAAAAAUCACAGCUCUAUUUUUUUAGAUGAAUACCAGAAAUAACAAAUGGUUGUCACAGUACCAGAAUUAUAAACACUGAUAUGAUUCCUGUUUGAUACCACAGCAUCAAAAGAAGCCUACACAGCCAAUGUUUGGUGGUUUUUCGUUUUUAUUCAUUCAAAUUGCAGACAAACUCCUAUCUGCUGUCUAAUUUGUACAAAAACACAACAUUUCCACUCAUUGAGGUUUUUAAAAUUUUCCUUACUCUUAAAGCCCACAUGUUCAAAAAUAAUCAAAUCUCUUUUCUCUAUUUUAAAUGAUCAAUGUUGACGGUUUUGCUGGGCAAAUGAUGUGGGCAAGUCACAGUCUUUGGGUCCUCGGUGCUUCCAGUCUCACUAAUAACCCUGUGAGCCCUGGAUGCUAACUGAUCAUCAGAGGCACCGGCUGAACUCCUGUGACCACUUCCCUUCAGCUGGCAGCUGAGAGGAGGAUCCACAUCCAUUUCCUGAGAGGGGCGGAGUCAGGGGGGCGGAGUCAGACAGCUCAGUAACAUUUGUACUAGAGUGUGUUUUCAGCCAGAAACUUUACAGGCAUAUUUUGAGGACCUCUGAGACCAAUAUAAACUUGUCUUAAAGGGGUAAAAUAUGUGACCUUUGAUUCAUAUACAGUACUUAUAUGAGAAUCUAUGCAUUGCUUCAGAGCUACAAAAAAUAGAAACUGUUUGAUCAACUCUAGCGGAGUCCUGGAAGUGUUUACUUCAGUGUAGGUUAAGCAGCAUUUCACAAUAAAAGCACCUUAGACAUCAUGGCUGGUUAUUUAUAAGCUUUCUACUCCAGUUGUUUCCAAAUAGUGUACCAUAAGGCAAGUCCAGGUGUGCUGUAAGGAUUUCCACAACCACAAAUUAUCACUACAACUAAACAACAGCUAAUACACAUCUGUUUUGAAGGGAUGUGAUUAUGGUUUGCCUCCAGAUUGGCGUGAUCUUCAGUGCGUCAUGAGCAAAAAAAAGGUAUAAAACCACUAAUCUAAAGAACGGGGGGCUGGAUGCUCUAGCCUGAAGAUGAUGAAACUGAAUUGACUGGAGGAUAAAAGCUUUCAAUAAUUAUGUAUCAUUAAUGUUCCUGUGCAAAAAUGUAUUUAAACUUGACGCAGGUAAAUUAGGGAUCUACAGGCAUGUGCCCAGCUUUUGGCAAUUAAUAGACUUAAACUGACUAAUAUUGGAUGUCGAUGACUUCUGUUUUUGUCGCUGUGGUAUCAAACAGACAUCAAUAUCAAGUGAUUUUUGCAAAUGAUAAAAUUAGUCAAAAAUAUAUAUCACAUGAACGAUAAAUCCUCAUCUAAACUAAACAUGUUAAAUGGUUCAUCUUGUGGUCAAUACGCUUACUGCUGUUGGUGAUUCUUACUGUAAACAAUCUUUUUACUGGACAUUAGAUGUCUAUUUUUAGUGAUACCUGUGAUCCUGUGUUAACCUUUAUCUUGUUUGAAAUACAUUACCAUAUCUUAAAAACCUAAUACAUUGCCCAGCCCUAUGUGAAAGUUUGGUACAAAGCCUUGUGGGAAAUGUAGGCCAUAAGUAAAAGUAUUAUGAUGUUGCAAGCUUAGUCAGCCUCUUUCCCACCAGACUAAAUGGAAAUUUCCAAGGUUUUUUGUGGAGAUUGGUGCAACAGAAAUGUAAAGCCACAAUUUUAAGAUGAGGUUAAAACAGCUGCACGUUAAAGAUUGAACCUUUGUUUCAGUGUUGAAGUAACUAAAGGUGGAAAUAAUCUCACAGCUCCAUGGAACAUCUGCUCCAAAGUCCUGAAAUCACCUGGACGUCUUUCUCUUUUCCACUAACGUGACCUGAAUGUUGAACAGAAUGAGACUGAUGUGAACUUUUACAAACAUUCAGGACGUCCAAACCUCCCCCUCUGCUUGGCGACCAGCAUCACAGUCACUCAGCAGCGUGAGUGAUCCAGGGAUUUUUACACCACGAGUAAACCAAAUGUUUGUGCUCCUGUCGGACUGGCUUCUCCUGCUGUUAACAGACUGUUAGCAUUGUUGGCAUUUUUAGCCAGUUAACUGCACCCUGCAUUAUUAAACCUGGAUGCACUGUGUGUGAGAGGAGAACAUCAUGUUUUUGUUUUUUCUCUUUUAGUAUAUUUUAAAUUUGAGGUCCUGAGAGUUUUUGCACAUAAAUCAUUGUGAAUAUGAGGAUUCAAUAAGUAUCUUAUAGGGCUAACUCUGUGCCAUUUGAUCAUUUUCAUGCCAAAAAGAAUAAAUCAGUGUAUCCCCAGGAUUGUUAUUCUUUGGAAAGAAAAGCCUCUUUAGAACAGACUGUUCAGGCUGAGGUUAUUUAGAGACUGAGAGCAGCUGGGGCCAACGCUCACAGGGGCGUCAGAUUACACUCAAGUCCAAUAUUACUGCUGCUGCUCUUUAGAAGCUCAAUAAGUCCAGGGAAAUCCACAUUUUCUUACAGCCAUCAGAUCUCAUGUGCAGAUCAAACUAACACUCAGUGCUGAGAGACGAGGACAGCGUUAUAAGACUGACUAACACAUCAGAAUGUUUGAUUCUUCUCAGUGUUAGGUGGUUUUAAAGGUUUUUCUGGGCUUUUUCCUUUAUUAGAUAGGACAGCUGAAGAGAGAAAGGAAAUAUGGGGAGAAGGAGCAGGACAGGACAUAGACCAGAUGAGUCCCAGGAUCAGGAUUUGAUCCUGCAGCCAGGAGCACCUGCUUUAUGGACUGAGCUAAACCUGCACCCAGAUACUGGCUGUUCAAAAAUCUGUGAUGCUGAAAAGUCCACAAGCUUUUAAAAAACUAGCUCUUCUUAAUAAGACAAAUGUAUAGGUAAGAAAUUAAUCCAUUAAAGAUUGCAGGUAAACUCCUGUGUGCUGCUGAAAUCACAAAAAAACAAAAAAAUAGCAAAGAUUCUGUUGAAAAUUAUCCUUUAAGUUGGCUGGUUAGUCUUUAUUCACUAAUAGGAUUAUCACAAUAGUUGAUACUUAAAUAGUUUUCCAUUCCAUGAGUUUUAAAGUGAUAAAAGCUCUUUUCUUGUAAUGAUUGACAAAGUCAAAAAGUACCACAGAAGAAGACUCCUGUUUAAUAAGACGUUGGUAGGAGAUGUCUGAAUCCUUCAUACAAACUUCAGCUCUCUCUGCAGAAUAACUUUAUCAACAGUUUGAAACCUGAACAUUAUAAAUGAUUAUUUGUUAAUAUACUGAGUUUUUUUUUUUGCUAUACAAUAGUUAUGUUAAAGAAUCCAAUACUUUUUCAUACUGGGUGUUUAAAAACAAUACAAUCUUAGUCAUUUCAAUGACCCAUAUAGUUUGAAAUAUACUAAACAUUUUUUCUUCAGGCUUGUGCUUAAGAAAUGAAUUAGCCACCAAAACUUGAUAAAAACUCCAGCACUCUGUCUUAAUUGCACACACAUUUCCGUGUGUUAUCUCUAUUGAUAGAUAAACUCUAAACAACCUGCAUCUGUUUUAACAUUCCUCUAAGACCUGAGAUUUUCUUUUGGGUGCAUUUUUAGUGCCUCCCGCCUGUUCAGGAUCAGUAGGACCUGAUAAGUAAAAACCAAGGCCUAGUCUUUGAACAGGAAGUAGUUUUCACCAAGAAUGAUGCAUGUAGAUGAAAACAGCAGGGUUUUAUUACUGUGCAGCACAAAACAAAAAUGUCUUUAUUUGUAUAGAAAGUGGAAAAUUUCUUCUCAAAUGAUCAGAGAUUUCCAACACAUGAUAAACCCCAUAAAAAGAUAGAUUACCUAAAAUAUUUCCCAAAUGUUUCUGUCAGAUUUCUGAAAAAGCCUAAAUAUUUGAAGUGUUAAAAAUCCCCUAACAAUUCUAUGAAAAUUUCUCAGUAUUUUUUGGCAAAUUCCAACCAGAAUGUCCUGUUUUCAAAGAAUUUAGAAAAUAAAUUCUCUCAAAAUUCCAUGUAAAGUUUAAAAAAAAUCCCCCAAACAUAUAAACAAACUCCUUAAAUUUUUUUAGGACAUUUUAGAAAAAAAAAUCAAAGGACAUCCCACAAAUAUUUGAAAUCAAAUUCCCAACGAUUUACAAAUAAAUUCCCAUGAAAAUACAGAAAAAAAUCAGAGCAAAUCCCUCUGAAACUUUAAAACAAUUCCAAGGAAAUUACACAAACCCCUGUGGAAAUUCUGGACAUUUAGUGUAAAAUGUUUAAUAGCAGGAUUUAUUUCUAUCUGGUAGGAAAGCUGAAAUGUAAUGGCCUCAUGUGUGCAUGCAGGGUCCCAGGACAUUAGGUGCACAGGAGAUGAAUGAGAAAUGAAAUACCUGGGCACAGAUUGCCCAGUGGUUUAGUCACACCCCAUGUACAUGGGCGGCCGUCCUGUGGCCCCUUUCUCACAUGUCAUUCCCCAUCCUCUCAUCCCUGUUUCCAACUCUUCACUGUCCUCCUCUAUGAAUAAAGGCAGAAAAGCCUCAAAAUGAAUAAGAACCCUUGUGUUGUCUUUGGGUCAAAAAUAACCAGAACAAAUCUUUAACAACAGUAAAACUUUUUUAGAUUGUUCUCCAUUAUCUUCAAAUUUGGUGACUUUCUUAAAGUGGCUUCAACAUGAAAAAGCAAAGUUAUUUUGAUGAAUGCUGUAUUUUAUGGCUGAAUUGCAAAUAAUAUAUGUGAAGAAUCUUAAGUUCAACUUUGUGCACAUUUUUGUCACUUUUUCAGCCCAUAUGAGUCUUUUGCAAAAAUUGUGUCCACAAAAAUGCAUCAACUUAAGUCAUAAUCAUAACUUUAGCCAAAGUGAUGACAUGAGUCUUAUUCAGUCAAACACAAUAGUAAUAAAGAUGAGUAGCUUUUGGUGAUCAUAAGUAGUCUUUCUACACUGUGAGGAUAAAAACACAAAUAUUUAAAGUUCAAUAAAUUUGCUUUCUUUUGAGUAUGAUGGGUAACUUUGACCCUUAGAACAAGGAGAGUAUUCAGGAUGUUAAGACAACACCAAGGUUCAAAAAGUUCACCUUACUCCCCAGUCCUCGCCAUGUCAAACAAAAACAGCAACAACAAUUUGGUACUGAAACGUCGCCACGCUUUAAAGAAGGCUGUCUGCAAAAGUCUGCUUGCAAAUUUUGAAACUUAAAAUCUAGAAACGACGCAUUACUGAGACUUUUGUUUCCGUUGCUAUCAUAUAAACUCAUUUUCUCUAUCAAAUCAUAAUUUUAAAUCCUGUUAUCAGGAUCUUUGGUUGGGUCUGCACAUGAGAUUUGUUCUGAAGAAAAUACACCAGACUGCUCCUUUACUCUGCAGACUUGGAUCAAGUGUCUCAUUUGUAUCCAGCUAAUAGUUUAUACAUGGAUUAUAAUUUUAGCGACAGCAGAACCUAGAGCAGAAAUCCUGAGAUUGACCUUUCAGCAUGGAGAAUGGUCCCUGGGUGGUUAGAGAUGUGCAGCAUGGAUGUAUUUUCUUGACCUUGAUAAGAAACUGCAGCUGAGAUUUGCUUUUGAAAUUUUGUCCAGUAACCCAUUGUGGUACUACUGCAUAAAAAUCCCCUGCAGCCUGAUACUUAUUGAACUACUAUUAAAGUAAAAGUAAUAUCAAACAGCAUAAGGUCUAAUAGGACUCUUUUGUCUGGCAUUUUUAUCUAAGGAGGUUUUUUAUCUGUUAAAACAUUCCUAAAGGACAGAAAAGUGCAGUAAAAAAUGUUCUGAUCAUGUUCUAAAUCUAUUGGCCAAACAGCAGAGCUUCUUUUAUUUGGUCCAGGGUGACUGGGCUGAUUAGGAGCCAUAUUUAGCUCUUUAAUGAAGAUGUGAAAAAACAUCCAUGUCUGGCGUGUUUCCUGCCUGAGAGGUCAAACUCAGGGUAGAAAAGUCUGAUGUGGUUAAUGCCAUGUUGAACCUGUGUAUACUGUAUGAGUUUAUCACAGCAGCUGUCACCACGCUAACACAGAGAAUCUCGUCACCUUUUUCUAUUUGAAUAAAUGAUUUUAUAUAGGAUUUUUUUUUCCAAAUGUAAACAUGUUAUCUGUGGUAACGCAA